CAAAUGCAGCUUGCUCAGCUUCAAAUGCAGCUGCGGCCCCCAUUCAGUAGCAGCCACCAAGGAACAAAGCGCAACAGCUGACAAGGCGCCUGCUUUCAUCUCGACAGCUGCAAGCUCUAGAAGCGUUGGCGAGGACAAGCGUUACUUUCAUCCAGCAAUCGUCAGCAGCAGCAUGGCAGCAGCGCUUCCGGUGAGACUGCAGGGCGGCGCCAGUUCCAAGAAGAGGUCUCGAGAAGCCUUCAACUUCUCUUCAGUCCCGACUCCAGCUAGUGGCUCCAUGUCAACUGAACACGAACCACUUGAGGAGAGGGACCUGUCCCCCAUGAUCAAGCGGAGGUGCAGGGAGCUGGGGGAGAUGGUCAUGGAUGCGGUGUGUGUUCCAGCCGCCGUGGCGAAUGGCAGGUUUCCAAGGGUGCAGAGGCUGGGACCGCUGUAUGCUGCUGCCGCCGACCUGCUGGGACCUGACAAGGAUGAGAUCAGCAAUGCACUUGCCCGGAGAGCAGCUACCAAGACACACGAGGCGCCAGCAAAGGCUCACCAGAACCAAUGCAUUGCCGCUUCUAAGACAACAGUGACAGUGACGAUCAUUUCCAAGGUCCGGGACACUGCUUCAGGUGCAAAGGACGACAGCGCUGUCAGGCAGAAGGUGUUUGGGGACGGGCGCUGCGCCUUCCGUGCUCUUGGCAGGGCGGCAUUUCCAGACCUGCUAGACAGGUGCCAGCGUGACUCCAGGGGCCUUGCAUUGGAUGAAGACGUGCGUGCUGAUGAGCGGCAGAUCGCAGACCUGCUGCGAAUGCAGGUGGCGGAGGCCUUCAGGGCGAACUCUGAGGAGAUGGGAGGCCUGGUCGAAAGCCUUGACUUGGACUCUUACGUCAAAUCUCUUAUGGAAGUCACCACCUGGGCCGGAGAGCUUGAGCUUUACCUGGCUGCAAAGCACGUGCUGGACCGAGUGGUGGAAGUCUGGGUCUUACCUGAGGGUAAGGAGGAGGGUUUGAGGGAGGGUGUGAGUGAGGGUGAGAAGGAGGGUGUGAUGCCGGAAAAGAAGAAGGGGUGGGGGGGGGCAGGGGCCCAGCCAAAGUGCAUUCAAAGGUAUGAGACCGAGGGUGCGGGGCAAAAGCUGGAGCCCCUCCGGCUCCUGUACAAUGGCAGGGACCACUGGGACCUCUAUGUGGGGCCCUGCAAGCCGAGGUAA